AUGAGCAAACUAACUGGUGGUCAAGAUACGCCAUCGCCUGGACUUGGUCUUCAGCAUAUGCUUUCAAGGAGUAACACUGUUACGGGAGUAGAGCGAUCAGCUGCAAGAAAUGCCAUGUUCAAACGUCUAGGGAAUCGAACUCCGCUAAAAGAAUCCGGCGAAAGCGAAGUGACGAGUGGCGGGGAUGAUCCCCCUCAAGCGCUGGAUUCCUCAUCUUCCGAACAAGUUUCCAAGCAUCCCAGCCCCACAAUAUCAAAUGCUGUCAUCGAUGAUCGCGAACCACCUUCACCAUCGAACUCACCUCCCUUGUCGCAGUCCUUUUUACCUCCACCCGGUGUCGAACGCCAGCACGAGACGAGACUCAAUGGUGAGGUUAUCCACCCCUAUGACCUGCAUCCAAGUCGAGGACUACCGGUCCGGGGCCUGGUCAUUGAAGAAAAUGAUGACGAUGAUGAUGAUGACACGCCCCUCAAUGGCUCCUCCGCUGUGAACCCCAGAGCCGGGAAUGGGUUGCGUUCUUCCUCGUCGCGAGCACAACCCGCUUCAAGAUAUCCUCCCCUGUCCGAAAUCCCCUCCACUAUUUCUUCUACUUCUACACAUAGCAACACAGAACGAGUCCCUGUCUUUCUUCAGGGGAAGGACACCUUUCCGGUCACCAUCAGUCCAGCUACUACUCCUGUCAGGGAGAAGGAGAAAGGCUUACGAGAUGAAGACGAAGAUGGAGAAAAAGUGGUCUAUUUGUACCCAGAGGAAACAAGAGAUCGCAAGCCAGUCCCCAACAGAUUGGAUUCAAACGUCAGCUGGGUUGGAGAUGAUCUAGGCAUAAAUCUGAAUCUCUCCGAGGCCACCAAACAACAGACUUCGCAACCAACGCAGCGUCUGAUUAGUGACGAGGAGGAUAUCGAUGAUCAGAUUCCAUCUAUACUGCCGCAAGAGACAGAUACAGUCGAAAUAACACAUGAUCCUGAUCCUGAACUUGGGCCAAAAUCCGCUCCACCUCCGCAACCAGCAUCUCAAGAGGAUCUCACGGUAUCACAGAUACCGUUUCCUAACUCCGAUGCGGACGAAGGGAACCCGUCAAGGGAAACAUCUCCUUCUGCUCCACCUGAAACACCCAAAUCAGAUGUCACUUUUUCGAAUGCAUCGGCCAGCGAAAAGCCAUCCUCGAGAGCAGACACCCCCGCCGUGAACCGCACUAGUCUCGCAUCUUCCUCAUCUCUUGCUCCGCCGGCGCCAGUCUCACCACCAGUGCGGCUCGAGCGUGGAGUCUCGGAGACCUACACCGACUUCGAGGAGAUCCACACUGAUAAAGAAGGGUUUACUGACCGGGAAUCGUCGCAUCGCAUCGAACGCUCACCUUCCCACAAAAAAAGAGAAAGCGGAGGGACAACAUCGAGAUGGGACAGAAUGCGCAAUGCCUUGACAGGACGUCGAUCCCGUUCCAAUAGUUUCGCGCGAGCCAGGAAGGAUGAGAAGACAGAAACCGGUGCCAGCCGGGAAAGUGGGGCCAGCGUAAAAACUGAUAAUGGUGCUUCUCAGCUUCCUCAACCGCCAGCCCACACUGCUGCUGGUUCAAGGGUAGCAUUAACAACAGGCAAUGUUCCUCCCCCUCGAGAAGGUCUAUCGCCAGUUCCGCCAAUAUCUCCCGCUGGGUUGGCUUGGUAUGCUAAUCCCAAGCUAACACCCCUUCCAGGUCUUAUACAGCUAGAGCAGGAACAACGUCGCCUCAAAGGUAAUGCUAAUACCACCAACGAUCCUACAUUAAUUCCUGGGACAGUUCCAGCAACCCGAGUGAAUACCCCUGAGCCUGGUCUAGCACAUCAGUCUUCGGAUUCACGCCUCAUAGCUCGAUACCGAAGAAGUGGAGAGAACACUGGUACAUACACGGAUGUGGAAGACACUGACCAUGAGGGUGGCCGCAUCACCCCUGGAUUCUUCGACAUUUCCUCCAGCAUGCCACCUACCCCUUCCACGAAGCAGUCAAAUCUUCCACAGACAAAAGAGGCUGCUUUACGGUGGCUCACGCAGCGCAAGAAGGAAGGGAAAUUACAGCACUCACAUUCGGGGGCCUCAAACGGACAUAUUUCUGACACAGGCACAGUUCGCCAAGCGGGAAGACGGAAACCAUCAUUGACUGACCUCCUGGAUAACGUUGGGGCUGACCCCGGAACUGAGCGAGAGAUUGACCGUACAAGCAGUGCAACUCCCCGGGCAAGCUCACGACGGAAAGCCAUGGAGCUCCUACGGAAGAUGGCCGGCACUCCGACCACUGAUCCCAGCUCUCCAUCAUAUACCAUCAGCACUGCGUCCAACCACUCUGUACCCCCGCUUAAAUCCCCCGCUCAAAGUCCGACAACUCCCCUGAUCAAUACAAAUGGCCACACGCACUCAUAUUCGUCUACCACCUCCUCGACAUCGAUCCCCCGCCCCACCACACCCUCGAGUCAUCCACAGCAGUCCAGUCCCCUUUCAUCACAGGCACCAAAACCCUCCCCUCCCAGUGCACCUGUUCCGUCCCCUCGGCCAUCGAAUGCUCCUUUUGUACUGGGAAGAAUGGAUUCAUUGCUGAAUGAUCCAACUUCAUCCAGUGGCGUCAGUGCAUUCGGUGACCCUCCAAGGCAUCUCGUUCAUUUCGCUAUCGUGCGACAGAUAGUAAGCCCAAAUGAGGUCAAGAACCGUGUGCUACUUCUGUUCAACGAUCUCUUGGUUAUCGCAAAGUUCAGUGAUGAAGAUGCCGAUCGCCCCAUCCUCGACCGCUUACUCGUCGUACGCAAUAUCUUGGAGCUUUCUCAGCUCACCGUCCAACUAGACUCGGAAAUGAAAUUGGGGGACUUCAUGCAACUGGCCUCAAUUGAGUCUCUCACCAAGCAAUUCCCAAUAAACCCAGAUGACGCGAUCAAUCGAUGUCUAGAGCAGGCGCAACUCUCCAAAGACCCAGCAUUGUUGGCUUGUGCUGGCGAUCGUACAGCUGGAUGGCGCACUUCACCCGAAACCCCCUCUGAUAACUCUGGUACUAACCGCCCGGCAACGCCUGGCGGCAGCCAAAUCUCCGCAAGAGACUUCCUCUACGCUUUCCGUCUCCUAGACCCACACCGCCUCGUCACGGACGACCUACUACAGAAGAUUUAUAUAUCUAUCCGAAACGAAGGGCUCGUGCAAGCUUUGGACCGCGCCGAGCAUGUUAGAGAGAUACCCUGCGACAUUCUCCCCUCUGGCCUCCCCGGAACACUGACGACUCGCGUCUCGUCCCACCCCGUGGUGUUCCGCAUCCCGAAUCCGGAUCCGCACCUGCGCGUCCACCUUCAUGGCCAAGAUCUCUUCUUUGAUCCGCCGAUCUUGGAGUUUAGUCGCACCUGCGAGGUGUCGUGUAUUGUGACUGGGACGACGCUUGGCACAAAGGAUAUGGUUAUCGUACGCACGGGCGCUAAUGCAGCCAAAUAUUCCAUGCCUCUGAAGACUUCUAUCCGGGUCGAGCGAUCGUUCAUGCAAAAUACGCUCACGGUUGGUUUUACAACCUCCGAAGGUGUGAAAAGGAGGUACAAAUUCAACUUCAGCGGAGACGAGGAGUGCUCUGAAUGGGGUGCGUCCUUGAAACGAUUCGCGUCCGAGGCCGCUGUCCAAUCCGGCUCUCAGCCCAACUCAUCACGAGUGAAUCAGUCAGGAUCAAGUGCAGAGGCCAUCGUGCAACGUGCGUCAAGGAUUUUGGCUAUGCAGUCGCUGCGGAAAGCGCUAGUUGGUCCGGGUUCACGUACACUUUCCAACUCUUCCGCAGCGCCGGCCUCUGCCAAUGGGCCAGAGCCUGGUCAAAUCAUUGCGCCAAUGAUUGGACAAGACCUCGUCACAACAUGCCUUCAGAACAGCUUGGUGCCAGCUGUACUGAGUCAUUUGCAGGUGACACGGCGCGGAGCAGACACCGAACCAAAAAGUAUUAAUGUGUCACGAGUAAACGGGAGAAUAUGA